AUGGCAGAUGUACUAAGUGAGGAACAGAUUGUUGAGUUUAAAGAAGCUUUUUGUCUUUUUGACAAGGAUGGAGAUGGUGAGUUUUCUGCUAUCUCGUUAGUAGACGAACUUCAAAGAAACUUUUGUGGCAAUAGUUUGCAAGAGGAAGAGCUUCAAUUGGCGCUGUUCCAAACUCCACAUGGCGAAAAUCUUUUCCUAGACCGGGUUUUUGAUCUUGUUGAUGAAAAGAGAAAUGGUGUUGUUGACUUUGAUGAAUUUGUACAUGCACUCGGUAUCUUUCAUUCCUGUGCUCCUAUUAGAAGAAAAAAUCGACUGUAA